GUCUUCUUAAUCAUGAGCCAUUUACUUUCAGAAUGUAAAGACGUUUUCUCAGAGGCGCAUCUUUCGGUGUUCUACUGCCCUCUUUAGGCAUUAUGAUGCCAUCGAUCCUCAAACACCGCUACAUCAUAUAAAUGACCGAGAUGCGAUGUUAUUCGUGACUCUUUAGUCUAUGUCUGAUGUGUUGAGAGAAACUAAACAACGCACAAAACGAAUCCAAAAUACAUUACAAGAAUCAAGCAAACCAUUUGUCAAGAUCGAUAACAAAAUACCAUAAAGAUGAUAUUAAAUUAAAUCUAAAACGUGUCACACCUUACAAAGCCUGACUCUUAAUUUAAACCAAUUUGUUUUGCUCUUUUUGGCUCAUUGUGCAUGUACAGAAUAGCCAAAUCCUCCCCGCGGUCCGUGUUUGAUUGCUGCUCCAACAGUCUCAGUGGGUGAUGUUUGUUGAAAUCUCACGCAUCUUUGCUCCGCUCCCUCACUGCGAGACCAGCAGCACGCUCAUAAACACUCGCGAGCCACGCGCAUUUAAAAGCCCUGCGACAUAAACUCAUCACAUGCUCGAGCAAGUCUCACACGUCUGAGAUAUUUUACAAGAAGUUGGUGGAUUAUCGGAGUAACUGGGGAAGUUAUGCUUUUUCCCGUGACCAUCGCAAAAGCUUAAAAAUGAAUCCUCAUUGCGCGCGCUGUGGGAAAAUCGUCUACGCAACAGAGAAAGUGAACUGCCUGGACAAGUAUUGGCACAAAGGAUGCUUCCAUUGUGAGGUGUGUAAAAUGACCCUCAACAUGAACAACUACAAGGGAUAUGAGAAGAAGCCCUACUGCAACGCGCACUAUCCAAAACAGACCUUUACAAUUGUGACAGACACCCCUGAGAACCUGCGGCUGAGACAGCAAAGUGAGCUCCAAAGUCAGGUCAAGUACAGGAAGGAUUUUGAACAGAGCAAGGGUCGGGGGCUCAAAUUUGUCUUGGACACUCCAGAGCUACAGAGACUGAGGAAGGCCCAGGAUCAGAUCAGUAAUGCAAAGUAUCAUAAGGAUUUUGAGGUGUCAGGUUUGCAUGGGGUCACUCAGGGGACCCGUGGGUCGUACCUGGUACGGGAUCAGAUGACACCUAACCAUGAGACGGUACGGAACAGCACACACAAAGGUGUCCAUCAGUACAUCAUGGAGAUGGAUCGAAGACCUGGCGUCAUUGUGGCACCUGUUCUCCCUGGUGCAUACUAUCCCAGCGGCCACAGCCGGGGGCACAGCUACAUGCAUCAGACCAGCAUGCAUUCACUGAGGUCAGUGCAGCUGAGGUCACAACACAUGGGCUUGACGGUGUACAGGGCCCUGUAUGACUACACAGCGCAGGAUUACGAUGAGGUGUCAUUCCGGGAUGGUGACAUCAUACAGAAUGUGCAGCCCAUUGAUGAAGGCUGGAUGUAUGGAACGGUGCAGCGGACGGGAAAGUCUGGUAUGCUGCCUGCUAACUAUGUAGAGGGCGUUCGCUAGCUGUUCUUUUACUGAACCACAUAUUUGAAUUGUCAUUAAAGGGUUAGUUCACCCAAAAAAGAAAAUUAGCCCAUACAUUACUUCCCUUGAAGUCAUCCUAGGUGUAUGUGAAUUUCUUUUUUCAUACGAAUCCAGUCAGUUAUUAAUCAAUAUUUUAAGCUGUUUGAUGUCACUCAGCGGGUGUUGCACUCCAUCGGUUCAUGAGAAGUUUAAUAAAAAUCACAUCCAUUAAAAAAAAAAAAAAAAGUGUCUCGCAUGUGACGAACAGAUGCGUUUUUGUAAGAAAAACAACCAUAUUCAAAACGUAAUGAUCACUUUGAUCUAGCUUUUUCUCUCUUUUGUAAACCAGAAGCAGUUCCAGGGGAAUGAUGUAUGAGGUCAGUGGUGCGCAUGCGCCGAUGAGUUUCGUGAAAACCAAUGUUUGUUAACAGGAGCAAAAUGAAACCAGUCUCCUUUUUGGUUUAUAUCGAAAUACUCCCAAAUUUUUUUUCAUAUCCUCGUUUUCUACUUCUAAUUAGUUACCACUGUUUUGUUUUUAUCUCGCCACUGAGUAAUUUAUGGCAUAAUUUUAAUUGGUCAGAGGUACAGCUCUAUUUUAAUAGUGAAAAUUGUUCCACUGUUUAUGUUUUAUUUCUUAUUUUGUUAUUCUGAACGUCCAGUGUAAGUGUAUGUACUCUACUGUUCAAGUUUGUUGUCUGUAAGCUUUAUUAUUAUUUAUUUUUUAAUGAUUACUUUUAUUCAGCAAGGAGGAAUUAAUUUGAUGAAAAGUGACAGUAAAGACAUAUACAGUAUUGUUCAAAAUAAUAGCAGUACAAUGUGACUAACCAGAAUAAUCAAGGUUUUUAGUAUAUUUUUUAUUGCUACGUGGCAAACAAGUUACCAGUAGGUUCAGUAGAUUGUCAGAAAACAAACAAGACCCAGCAUUCAUGAUAUGCACGCUCUUAAGGCUGUGCAAUUGGGCAAUUAGUUGAAAGGGGUGUGUUCAAAAAAAUAGCAGUGUCUACCUUUGACUGAACAAACUCAAAACUAUUUUGUACAAACAUUUUUUUUUUUCUGGGAUUUAGCAAUCCUGUGAAUCACUAAACUAAUAUUUAGUUGUAUGACCACAGUUUUUUAAAACUGCUUGACAUCUGUGUGGCAUGGAGUCAACCAACUUGUGGCACCUCUCAGCUGUUAUUCCACUCCAUGAUUCUUUAACAACAUUCCACAAUUCAUUCACAUUUCUUGGUUUUGCUUCAGAAACAGCAUUUUUGAUAUCACCCCACAAGUUCUCAAUUGGAUUAAGGUCUGGAGAUUGGGCUGGCCACUCCAUAACAUUAAUUUUGUUGGUUUGGAACCAAGACUUUGCCCGUUUACUAGUGUGUUUUGGGUCAUUGUCUUGUUGAAACAACCAUUUCAAGGGCAUGUCCUCUUCAGCAUAGGGCAACAUGACCUCUUCAAGUAUUUUAACAUAUGCAAACUGAUCCAUGAUCCCUGGUAUGCGAUAAAUAGGCCCAACACCAUAGUAGGAGAAACAUGCCCAUAUCAUGAUGCUUGCACCUCCAUGCUUCACUGUCUUCACUGUGUACUGUGGCUUGAAUUCAGAGUUUGGGGGUCGUCUCACAAACUGCCUGUGGCCCUUGGACCCAAAAAGAACAAUUUUACUCUCAUCAGUCCACAAAAUGUUCCUCCAUUUCUCUUUAGGCCAGUUGAUGUGUUCUUUGGCAAAUUGUAACCUCUUCUGCACAUGCCUUUUUUUUAACAAAGGGACUUUGCGGGGGAUUCUUGAAAAUAGAUUAGCUUCACACAGACGUCUUCUAACUGUCACAGUACUUACAGGUAACUCCAGACUGUCUUUGAUCAUCCUGGAGGUGAUCAUUGGCUGAGCCUUUGCCAUUCUGGUUAUUCUUCUAUCCAUUUUGAUGGUUGUCUUCCGUUUUCUUCCACGUCUCUCUGGUUUUGCUCUCCAUUUUAAGGCAUUGGAGAUCAUUUUAGCUGAACAGCCUAUCAUUUUUUGCACCUCUUUAUAGGUUUUCCCCUCUCUAAUCAACUUUUUAAUCAAAGUACGCUGUUCUUCUGAACAAUGUCUUGAACGACCCAUUUUCCUCAGCUUUCAAAUGCAUGUUCAACAAGUGUUGGCUUCAUCCUUAAAUAGGGGCCACCUGAUUCACACCUGUUUCUUCACAAAAUUGAUGACCUCAGUGAUUGAAUGCCACACUGCUAUUUUUUUGAACACACCCCUUUCAACUAAUUCAACUAAUUGCCCAAUUGCACAGCCUUAAAAGCGUGCAUAUCAUGAAUGCUGGGUCUUGUUUGUUUUCUGAGAAUCUACUGAACCUACUGGUAACUUGUUUGCCACGUAGCAAUAAAAGAAUAUAUGAAAAACCUUGAUUAUUCUGGUUAGUCACAUUGUACUGCUAUUAUUUUGAACAAUACUGUACAUUGCUGUAAAACAUUUCUGUCUUGAUCUUUUUAAAAUUUCUAUACAUAAAAAAAGUCCUAAAAAUAAAAUAAAAAACCCUUCACACCAGCACAACCGUUUUCAACAUUGUAAAUAAAAAAUAAAAUUCAGCUUUACAUCACCGGAAUAUUACAUUUUAAAAUAUUCAAAUAGAAAAGUUAUUUUAAAUGCUUUUCACUGUAAUUUUUAUCAAAUAAAUGCAGCCUUGGUGAGCAAAAGAGGCUUCUUUCAAAAACUUCAAAAUCUCUUGCGACCCAGACUUUGGAAAGGUAGUGUAUGUUGAUGUAAUAAUUUUGUACCAACAUGGUAUUUACUUUGAAAUAAAUGUUAAAUGUAUAAAAUGUAUAGAGGAUUGUCAAGAGGAUUUUACCACUUAAUAUGAAAGAGAGCAUUAUUUUUUAACAGCAUGUUGCCUUGUAAAACAUGAAUGUGUAAACCGUUCUGCACAAUGUAAAUGAAAUGUUCCACUACAACCAAAACUGCAUUAAAACAUGACGUAUCUUACCCACUGUCACCAUUC